UGAGCAUGUCACUGAAUAGUUGCUCAUUGGGCAAUGGAGGUUGAAGACAACCCCUGAUGUCAUCUACUCUAAAUUAGUAUCUCAACCAACAGUGUGAAAGAUGCCAAUACUUACUUUAGCUUUAAGUUUGAAAGCAGAGAGAGCUCCAGACCUCAAGGGAGGACCAACAAGACUCUACAUGAAAGCCUGAGAACACAUGAGCCUUCGGGAAACAUGAGUGUGAAUGAUGAACACACCAGACCCUUCGGGACCAGCACUGAAGAUGGCUGUAAGGAAAUCAGGAACAACAACAACAGGCAUGCUGAGCAUUCCCUGGAUGGAGAUGCCAAUGCUAAUGAAAUCCAAAGGAGAGAUGGAGAAACAACUUUGGAGGCAACUGAUGCCCUGUCCUCUGUGGUAUCUUACACUGAGGAACAUGUGAAAAUGAUUAUCCAGGCCACAGAUUCUCCGUGUGAUGACCCGGAACUGGCUGAAUUUGAGAUGCUGGAAAGUCAAGAACUAGAGGAUGAGGAAGAGAACAAUGUUCCUAAAGGUUACACGAAAGGGGUUCUAUCCACCGAUAUGAAGAAGACUGAAGCAAAAUCUCAGAAGGAUAACAAAAGUUUUUCCCAGUUUACUUCAAAAGAGCAAGAGUCUACUGUUUGUCCUCAGUCCACUAGCAAAGAAAUGGUGAUCAGCAUAGCCAGGACUGACUUUAGCUCUGAAAAUGAUGUUUUUGUUUCUUGCCUCUCAGCAAUGUCUAGUCUUGGAGGAAGUCUUGCUAGUGCCCUGGACCAUGCUGGUCGAACCUACAGCUCUGAUUCAUGGCAUGUUCCCUCAGAGCCAUACCGAACUCUCUCUGAGGACCUUUCCCUUGCCUCACAGUACUGUUUGACAAUUUCAGAUAAAAGCCGGAGCUUCCUGCAUACUGAGGGCACGCAUCAUCAAGCAGGAAAAAGUACAACGCACAUCGGCAGCGCUAAUCUCAAUCUUAACUCUACCGCAUUGCCUGAGGAACCUCUUUUAGAAGCACAAGAAAACCAACAAGCUACAGACUUUGUAAUAUCUGAGAGCUCAGGUCAACUGACAAAUGGCAUGAGUGAACGUAGCAUUGCAAGGAUCACAAAGGUCCCUAAUGAAUCAGGAAGUGCCAGCCAGGACGAUCUCAGAGAACCUGAAAUUCAUGUAAAGGAGAACCUUGCAAAAGAUGAAAAGUCUCCAAAUUUGAAAACAAUAUCAACUGAGAAGAAAUGUUGCCAACCUUUUGUCUCAGACAACACUCAGUCUACUUCACAAAACAGAAGGUCCUCCAAUGAUUCAACCUUUGAUAUAAAGAAUAAACUCAAAUCACAGGAUGAGGAAUCUCCUGAAACUGCUAUUAAAACCUCGAAACUAACCUCAAAGUGUGCACCUGUCCACUCUGAUUGUUCUGAACCCCAACCGUACAAGAAGCAAGCAUCUUUUGAAAAGACCCGAAGAUCUAGUUCAUCAAGUUUGGAAAGGCGAAGACCUUGGGGCAGCCCAUCUCGCUCUGAGACCCCUCCAUCCCCUAAAACCACCUGUUCACCUCGGAAACAGCCACCUUCAUCACCAGCCAAAUAUAUUAGCACAAGAGAAACGAGCCAGGAACGGAGUGAAACCUUACAGAGGGUAAACACUGGUUUGAGGCAACCGAGUAAAAGCUUUCUCAGUAGUAGUACCAGUCUCCCAAAACCUGCCAUUCCUCAACAACCCACUAGGGCAGAGACUGAAUCUAAGAAGACUUCUCCACCUCAGAAGCCCAAAAAUGUUCGGCCAAAAAUCAUAACCUAUGUCCGCAAGAGCCCUCAAGCGAAACCAAUGUCUGUAGGUCCCUAUGAAGUAUCAACACUACCUCCGAGACUUACACCAUACAGUAGCUCACCAACCUCAAAAGAGCCCAAAGCCGAGGGGUUCAGAGGUUCGCCUGUGCUCAGCUCCUCUAAUAUCCUUUAUGACAAGUAUCGCCAGGAGGUACAGAGGUCAGGGUACUACUCCCCUCCAGGACUGAUGGCGUCUGGGAUCAGGACACCCAGCCACACUGUCCCCCAUAAAUUGGUGGGAAAAUCAGAGAGUUUCCAUGGAGAGCUGCCAGACCAAUACUUACAUGAGGUUGGUAGAGCGGUUCAGCUAAAUACCCAUGAUGCCGCUGCUUCCGCUUUCCGCUUUCCCAGAGCCUUAAGGCCUCAACUUGGUCUUGGAGCCGUCACCAGACAGCCUGCUACUAAGAACAGGACUGUAUUACCAGGUCAAAGGUCUGCAUCACCCCUCAGUUAUACGGCUCCAGCUGCUCAGGCCCCAAGUAGUCACCAAGAACCCGUAGUGGAUCAGAAAAGACUAGCAUUGGGUGUGGCCCCCAAAUUUAUGCUCCCCAAACCAGGUCAAUCUGGACUGCGUCCUCCUGGCUUCUCCCAUCUUCCUCCUGCUCGACUGGCUGCCUUUGGCUUCGUCCGCAGUGCUAGCGUGUCUUCUGUAUCCAGCAACCAAUCAAAUGACAGCACACACAGCGACCCCUGCAGAUCCAGCCGUCCACACAGCGGCAGUGAUGAAAGCCUCCUGUCUCGCUCUCCUCUCCCUCCUGCUGAGAGCCACAGCAUCAGGACUCAUAACCGCAGCAGCCCCCCACCCAGCGGCCCCGCCCCCACCCGCCGUUCUCUGCAUCCGCCUCUUCGCGCCUCACCCGUGGCCUCUAGAAAGGAAUUUCAAAGGGAUGGAGAAAUCAGCCGUCCCAUUGUGUCAUCCCCGAAGAGGUUUGCAGUGGUCUCUCCCAAGCCUCAGUCCCCGGUGCGUCAGAAGUCAUGUGUGGCCCGUCUCGGUGGGCGUUCAGAUGGUGUGGAUGCCGAGCGGGAGCGAUUGAUGGUGCAGAGACUGAAAGAGAGAUGUGAAGAUCAGGCCCGGCAGCUGGUCAGCCUGCAGGAUGAGCUCAGGAAGUCCUCACGAUGCCUGGAUGUGUUCACCAUCACCACCCAACACUUCUGCCGGAAGAGUGAAAGCUCUGCUGUGAAGGAGAGGGAGUUAUCCCUGCAGUUAUCCAGGAUCAGGGAUGAAGUUGUGGUCAGUGUUCAGCGCUGGGAGCGUCUGCAGGGUGAGAAGGCCCAGCUGGAGCAGAGUUUUGAGCGGGAGCUGAAAGUACUCCAAGAGGAGCAACAGCAGAAGCUCAAGGCCCUAGAGGAGAGAUUGGUAGAGGAGCACAACUCUGAGAUACAGCGACUCCAGCAACAACAGACCAGCCACCUGGUGCAGCUACGUUCCCAACACCAGGAACAGAUCGAGGAGAUGAGUGAAAACCACGAGACGGCCAUGGUGGAGAUGGAAGCGACUCAUGGUGCCACACUGGCCACUUUACAGGAAGAACACACCAGAACCAUCAAGAACCUGAAGAUGGCACAUGAGCAGCAAAAGAAGUCAAUGGAAGAGGAAUUUGAGAAACUCAGACUCUCACUGCAGGAUCAGGUGGACACGUUGACAUUUCAGAACCGCUCUCUGCGAGACCGGGCCAAGCGUUUUGAAGAAGCACUGCGCAGAAGCACAGAUGAGCAGAUAGUGGAUGCUCUUGCUCCAUAUCAGCAUAUUGAGGAGGACCUGAAGAGUCUUAAAGAGGUUCUGGAGAUGAAGAACCAGCAGAUUCAUCAACAGGAGCUCAAAAUUUCAGAGCUGGAAAAAAUGGCCCAAAAGAACGUUUUGUUGGAGGAGCGUAUUCAGGUGUUACAGCAGCAAAAUGAAGACCUAAAAGACAGGAUUGACCGCAACCUCGCAAUGUCCAGGCAACUGUCAGAGGAAAAUGCCAAUCUGCAGGUGUACGUUGAGAAAGAGAGCAACGAGAAGAAGCGACUGAGUCGUACCAACGAAGAGCUUCUGUGGCGUCUUCAAACGGGCGAGUUGAGCCCUCGAAUGUCUCCCACCCAGUCGCCCCUUCAUCGACCAGCCUCUAGUCCCGGUUCACCCUCUCGACAACAGCCCUUCCCUAGAUGAGUGUCCAAUUAUCUGCCUUUCACACUCUUUGUUCUUUUUUUGUAUCUUUAACUCAUAUUUCUCAUCAUGUGGAUUCUGAUUGGAUGGAACGGAAGAUGCUCCCACACCUCUUACACCAGUGCGUUUUCUGUUUCAUCACAUCUCAACUUACUGUUCAGUGUUACUGUAUUCUUUGUAAGUUGCUCUUACUGAAUAUUGAUAGGCUUUGAUAUAGUGAUCAAAGUUUGAAUUGGAGCAUAGUUGAAGGCAUGUAUAUGGGAAGUUCACCCAAAAAUGAAACAUUUUGUCAUUAUUUACUCAUUCCAAACCUGCAUGAGUGACUUUCUUAUGUGAAACAUAAAUGGAGAAAUUAAAAAAAAAAAUGCCAUUGUUACUUUUUUCAUGCAAUUAAUGGGGAACUUAAGUUUUCAAGCUUUAAAACAAUGCAUGAAAGUCAAAUUAAAGUUCACUCAUAAUCUUCACCUAUCAGUGAGUUGAACAAAAUCAGUCCUAUUCCUGAAAGAAUCGAUCAGUGGUGCAUUUCCCAAAAGCAUUGUUAGCCAACUAUUAGGGGUGUAACGGUACACGUAUUCGUACCGAACAGUUUCGGUACAGGGCUUUCGGUUCGGUGCACGUGUGUACCGAAGCAUUACAUUGCAACACUGUAGCCUAACCACCAUUAACCACCAAUAAUCGCAAUAAGCUCUGCGUUUUGUUACUUUCGAUAGAAACAAAAUGUUAUCCUUCAAAUUCUGUCCACGAAAUCACGGAAUUUAAACAAAAUGCCGUUUUGAUGCGGCAUGACAGAUCACUGUACAGGCGCCUCAGUUCAACCGGCAGCGCGAGUGUGGAGCGCGAUUGAACACGAUCAUCUCUUCCUCUUUAAUACUAUUUAGAGAAUAAACAUGAAUGAACAUCUGAAGGUAUGUUGAACGAUACAGUACAACUUACUGAAAUGGUCAUAUCUCAUGUAAUCGCUCAAUCAGUGUU